UGUUUGUACUUUGUUUAUAGCAAUACUCUUGCAGCGUCUGUUUUUCGCUUAUCAAGGGCCGCAAUCGGAAAAGUUAGCGACCGAUUUUGCGGGGGUUUACGACCCGGAUAGAGCCAAUUAGUGAGUGACUGUUUGUGGUUUCCCCACAACACGCAUUUUUCACCUUGUUUAGUGUAAUAAUAAUGACAACGAACCCAAGUCACCAGAACCAGGAGGACGUGGAAAUCACCAUGGGCGGAUCGGGAGCUGGAUCCGGAAAUGCCGGUGCCCCGGAAAGGCUGCCCCCUAUUAACCCAGCAGAGCAGCGCUUUCCAUAUUGCAUCGUCUGGACUCCCAUACCCGUGCUCACCUGGCUUCUACCCAUGAUCGGUCACAUGGGCAUCUGCACCUCAGCCGGCGUGAUCAGGGACUUUGCUGGCGCUUAUUUCGUCUCAGAGGACGACAUGGCCUUCGGUCGACCCACCCGAUACCUCCGAUUGCAGCCCAAGUUUGUUGAGGGCGGCAGCUAUGCCUGGGACGAGGCAGUUUCGAAGGCGUCGGUGCUAUACGGCACUCGAAUCCAUAACAUCUUCUGCGACAAUUGCCACUCACAUGUGGCGACCGCACUUAUCAAUAUGCGCUACAAGAAUAGCACCGGCUGGAACAUGCUUAUCCUGAGCAUGUGGCUCUUCGUCUGCGGGCGCUACGUUGGCUUUGGGGGCGUCCUUAAGACCUGGCUACCUUUUGUCAUACUUUUGACCUUGUGUAUCUUGUUGGGCGUCUACUUUUAAUGGCUGAAUAUGUUAACUUCGUGUAGUUCAAUUCUUUUUUAUUUAAGUAUUUUCAAUAAAAUGUAUUUCUAAUU